AUGAAGGUUAAACUUAAAAAUGACAAUUUGGCCGGACGAACUAUGAUCCAAGCAUUAUUUGAAGAGCUUUGUCAAGGUGAUUUUACUUUUUAUGUUGCACAUGAUCAAAAUGGUCGUUUGACGCAUCUAUUUUUUGCACACCCUUCUUCCAUUGCAUUGACAAGGAGCUAUACAACUGUUUUUGUGAUGGAUUGCACUUACAAGACUAAUAGAUACAAGAUGCCACUACUUGAUAUCAUUGGAGUUUCAAGUUUUAACAGUUCGUUUUACUCAUGCUUUGUAUUCUUGGCAAAAGAGGGAGAAGAAGAUUACGUUUGGGCUUUACAAAUGUUUAGGAGAAUAUUGGGUCCCGCUUGUUAUCCUACUGUCAUUGUGUUCGAUAGGGAGUUGGCCUUGAUGAAUGCUAUAAAGAAUGAGAAGGAGUACAUGUUAAGCUAUAUUCAAAGGACAUGGCUUCCAUUUAAAGAACGAUUUGUAAAAGCAUGGACUGAAAAGUGUGCUUAUUUUGGAAAUCAUGUUUCUUCGAGGGCGGAAGGUGCUCAUGGAAAAUUGAAGAAAUAUUUGCAAGUUUCAACCGGUGAUCUCCAUCAAGUGAAGAACAAGAUAUGCCUUGCGAUUGAGAAUGAAUUUAAAGAGAUAAAUGCUCAACUCUCAAGUGAGAAGAUUCGAAUACCUCACAAUUGCAACAUUUCUUUCUUUAAAGAAAUCAUCAAUCGUGUGUCAGUGUAUGCUAUGCGAGAGAUACUUAAACAAUAUGAAAUGGUUAAACAUGGGACAAUGCAGCCAGUUUGCACGGAACACUUCAUGGCAACAAUGGGUCUCCCUUGUGCACAUAAGAUGAUUGAUUGGAAAGUGGGGGAAGUAUUAAAAGGAUUGAUCCAUGAGUUGGAAGAUAAAUAUGAAGCAUGGCCUCCAACUCAAAAGGAACGCGCUCAAGAGAGGAUUUCUCAACUUGUAAAUCCAUCACUUCCAUUACUUUUUGAGCCAAAUGUUCAAUGUCCUAAAGGACGUCCAUCAGGGUCAAAGAAAGGAAAGGAAUCUGGGUCAACAAGACGAAUUCCUUCGAAGUUUGAGAUCGUGGAUACAACUAAACGAAAAUGUAGCAUUUGUAAAGGUGUUGGUCAUAAUAGUCGAACAUGUCUGCAAAAAUUUGGGACAAAUGAGUUUAAUGCAAGUCAUAUAGCUAAUCCAAAUGAUGAUGGACCGACUAUGAAUGUGAUUGACCUACACACAAUUUCUACUUCAAGUAACUGCUUUUGGUUGGAUGAUUGA